CAUGGCAAGUCAACCUGUUGCGAUCUGCUGGGUUUGAAGCUCUGGGCUGGUGGCAUGUCUUCUCCUCGCACACACACAGCUAGGAGCUGAUCUCGGGACCCGCAAUCGGAGGCAAGACUCAAGGCAGAAGGAAGACCCUGUCCGGCACUUUCCUCUACAGGUGUUCGCUAUGCAGGAAAGAGUAGAAAGAAUGAGCCCCCAAGCUGAGCUGGCGCGUCGAUGUCUCGAAUUGUAUGAGGAGUUGAAUGUGCCGGAUAAGCCCUGCCCUGGAAAUGGGGAAUGGAAAGCUCUUCAUCUGGCCGCCUGGAAUGGGAAUACACGCCUUGUCAAACUACUGCUGCAACAAGGAGAGAAAGUGGAUGACAGGGACAGACUUGGCUGGACACCUUUACACUGCUCUGCAACAAAUGGACACCUUGCCUCCGCAAAGCUGUUAAUUCAGCGAGGAGCAUUAAUCAGCAGCGAGGAUGACUCUGGGUGCACCCCUCUCCACCAUGCUGCUUGGAGUGGCCACACACACCUCUCAGAAAUGCUUCUUCAACGUGGAGCCAAAGCUAGUGCCAGAACCAAGGAAGGUCUUACACCUCUUCACUUGGCAGCGGCCAACGGACACACUCUUAUUACUCAACUGCUGCUGAAACAGGGCCUAGACCCUUGCGUAGGAGAUGACAACCAAUGGAGCCCUCUUCACUGGGCCACGGUGAACAACCAACUCCAUAUCAUGGAACUGCUGAAAGAACGCAGAGUCCCAUUCGACCUGAGAGCUUCUGGAAGUCUGACUCCAUUGCACAUUGCCGCCGAAAUUGGGAGGCUAGAAACUCUGAGUUACCUGCUAGAGAACGGAGCCGACGUUAAUGUCACAGACCAGUUGGGACAGACGGCAAUUGCAAUGGCAGCUGGUAAUGGCAGCUUAGAGGUGGUCCGACUACUCUUGGAAAAGAAAGCACAGAUCGAUGUUCGGGACAAGCAUGGACGUACAGCAUUACACAAAGCCGCCGGCGCAGGUCACCUGCCUGUCGUAGAGUUGCUUGUUCAGAAUGGCGCAUCCCUCAACCAAAGAGAUAAUCUCAAUCUGACUCCAAUGCAGAGAGCGUCUAUCUGGGGACACAAAGCAGUAUCCCGAUAUCUGCAAGACUUUGGAACAAUUGCAAGCACUUUAAAUUGCCUUUGAUUAUUUUAUUUUAUUUUACUGGUUAUAACUUGUUUACUGCUUUGUUAAAUAUAUUAUAAAUAGGUUUAAAAGAAACAAACAUGUCUGGGCCCCUCCCAAUUUCAUCUCUGCUAUCUCCUUAAGGUCAAAUAAGUAGUAUGGUGCCAAUUUAUGCAAAUUAAUUAUACUAUUCAGCGGGUAUUGGUUUGUUGAAGGUGUUAGAAGUUGCUAUUGGUAACAAUAUAUAAAUAUAUAUAUCUCAAUUAAAGAAUAAAGGAUGAUGGUUCCCA